AUGGCUGCAGACCGGCACCCGAGCCCCUCGGCCCACCUGGCGAGGCCCGGCGGCCCCCCCUUCCGCCCGGGCCGCUGCUGUGACAGUACAGACACGCCCCCCACGCCCCCCACGCCCCUCACGCCCCCCACACCGCACCGCCACAGCAACAGCCACCACCUCAAGGGCCACCCCAACAAGGCCCAGGACCCCACCAGCAGCAGCAGAGCUCACAACAACAACAACAACAGCAGCAGCAGCAACAACAACAACAACAACAACAACAACACAGCAGCAGCAGCAGCAGCAGCAGCAGCAGCAGCAACAACAACAACAACAACAACAACAACAACAGCAGCAGCAACAGCAGCAGCAACAGCACAGCAACAGCAGCAGCAACAGCAGCAACAACAGCAACAACAACAACAGCAGCAACAACAACAACAGCAAGCAGGCACCUCACAAUGGGCAGGACCCAGUCAACAACAGAAGACACAACAACAGGGUGGAGGACCACAACAACAGCAGGGGCCACAGCAAAGUGGGGGCGGUGGGGUGGGGGGUGGUGGCCCCCAGUAUGGAGGGGUGAGGUACCCAGGGCCCCACUCUGGGCCCCACAGUGGACCUCACGGUGGGCCCCAUGGUGGGCCGCACUCUGGGCCUCACAGUGGGCCACACUCUGGGCCCCACAGUGGGCCACACUCUGGGCCCCACAGUGGGCCACACUCUGGGCCCCACAGUGGGCCACAUUCUGGGCCCCACGGCGGGCCACACUCUGGGCCCCACGGUGGCCCUCACUCUGGGCCCCACAGUGGCCCUCACUCUGGGCCCCACAGUGGCCCUCACUCUGGGCCACACAGUGGCCCUCACUCUGGGCCCCACAGUGGCCCUCACUCUGGGCCCCACAGUGGGCCACACUCUGGGCCCCACAGUGGGCCACACUCAGGACAGCCACCGGUGGCCUCUCAGCAAGCAUCCUACCCUCUUCAGACAUCCUACCACCACCAGGUGAGAGGCCUGCACCACCCACCUCAUUAUAGUUACGGAGGUGGCGGGCAGGUAGCAGCAGUGUCGCCCAUCACGACGCCCACGUCGACAGGUGGGCCGCAUGGUGGGGGAACGGGCAGUGGGGGUGGUGGUGGAGGGUGUGGGGGAGGUGCUGGAGGAUACUCUGCAGCAUCACCGUCGUCACACUCCAGCUACGGUGAGCAACUCUCCCGCACCAACCUCUACAUCCGAGGCCUCAGCGCCGACACCACCGACAAAGACCUCGUCGAUAUGUGCAAGAAAUAUGGUAACAUCAUAUCAACAAAAGCCAUACUCGAUAAAAACACAAACAAGUGCAAAGGUUAUGGUUUUGUAGACUUUGAGUCACCAGCAUCUGCAGACAAGGCUGUCAAGGGGCUGCUAGCAUCCAACGUGCAGGCUCAGAUGGCUAAGCAACAGGAGCAAGACCCCACCAACCUGUACAUCGCUAAUCUUCCACCACACAUGAAUGAAGCAGAGCUGGAGCAGCUACUUGCUCAACAUGGCCAGGUCAUCUCCACUCGCAUCCUCAGAGACAACAAUGUUCAGUCACGAGGUGUUGGAUUUGCCAGGAUGGAGUCUCGGGAAAAAUGUGAGCAGAUUAUCCAAAUGUAUAAUAAAAAGUUGCUGAGAGGGGCCAAAGAGGCGCUCCUCGUCAAAUUUGCUGAUUCGGGCAAUAAGAAGCGCAAUCAGUAUAAGGCCAAGGAGCAGACUAGUUGGGAACGCUCAGAACCAAUUCCUGUGUAUGACCAGUCAUCUUUACUUCCACAAAACGGAACGCUCAUGCCUUCAGUGGCCUCCGGUGCAUUCCGGCAAUAUCCCCCGUCCCAGGUGCCAACAUAUCCUUUGCAGCCAUUCUAUAUAAUGCAACCCCAGACACUUCAACAUAUGGAUGUUUCUCCGAUAAUGCAACCGACUAUGGAUACGAGUCAGAUGCCCUAUUCCCCAGUUUAUACCCACACUGACGACACACAUGCAGCAGCUCCACCUGACGCCUGGCACUUUCAACCAUGAAGUGUCCAUGUGUGAAUGGUUACAGCAAGGAGGGUACUUGACAACUAGUGGAGGAUAUCCACCUUCACCCUACACCCCCAUGAUGCAGCACAUGGCCAUGAUGGAUGACUCCACUGCACACUCCCCUGAUGAAUACCAACCUUACCCAACCACUCCUGGUCCAGUCCAGUGUCAGCCACAACCCAAGUAACAUUGUCUGGAGUUAGGAAUUCUUGUUAAUGACUGUAUUUUCCUUCUGAAGAAUGGGAGAAGUUUGAUAAAAAUCACAUUGCCCCAGAUUAGAUGGGCAAAACUCUCAUGUUAUUACUGUAGUGAAAACACAUUGCAAGUAGUGUUCUGAUUGCCAACAGAACAGCUGUAGAAGGAAGUGGUUGACAUAUGUAAACUGGGCAAAUAGUGUGAUCCAUCAUUCAUCUCUCUGCCAUGGCAUUCCAUGGCUGGAAAAAAUGUGGGAUGGGGCCCCAGCCCUAAAAACUCACGAGAGAGCUAACGAUGAAUUAUAUCGCCAGCGCCGGCAGUACUGGAGUCAGUGCACAUUUGGCAUUACAUUUGUUACUGCUGACAGGAGAGAAUAGCAUUAACGGCCCACCUUCCUUCAGCCACCCCAUGAAGUGUAUUAUCUUUAGCUAGCCAAUCAUGGAUUGGAAUUAAGUUUUCCACAGCCAGUCAGGUAACCCAGAAUCAUGUCAGGUGGUGUGAUCAGGAGUUUGGGCCGUGAUGUAAGACCUGUGAUUCAUUUAGAAAGAAGUUAGAAUGACUAGUAUAUUAAGUUAUUUCAUGUAAAGCAAGUGCAACUUCUUGGGAUUCUUAAUAGAAAUGAAAUGAAUUCCGUUUUGUUACUUGAACUACAUAGUGAGAACCCCAGAAAUGAAGAAGAAAAUUUCCACUUUUAAGAUAAAAUGACAAUGAUAGAAAAUCUUUGAAUCUUGUGAUCUACUUCUACAUCAUCAUAAUUAACACUCCAAAUUGUUCUUCUAUUCAGGAAGUGUCUGAAUGUGAAUACUGUAUUAUUUAUUUUUUUAAUUUGUUCAUAAGAGCCUGCUUGUAGAGAUAGGUUCUACAGUCUAGUAGAUUGAAGACAGGCUUUUCUUCAGUUUAA